CUUAGAUCUCGUUAGGUAAUUAUUUUUUAAGAAUAAGGUCCUUGAGACCUUUAUCGAUUUCACAGCUGGAUUCCCAUGUUCUUCUUCCUUCUUCUUCGAAGCUAUUUCUGGAAAGUGUGGGCAGAUUCUUGGCUUUGAUCUGCUGUUCACAGUCCUCUCCCCCCAAUUCUUAUUCGUGAUCAAGAUGCUGAGACAUUGACUGGAGUAGAUGUUGAGUUUGUGGCAGCUUAUGUUUAGAGUUCAAUCUUUUUCAUUACAAGUCCAAAGCUUCGGUCUUUUUUUUUUUAUACGGGAAAUGAAACUGUUACGAUCUGCUGGUGUAGUUUUCGUUUUUAUCUUGGCCUUCCAGUUCGUGAACAUACAAUACUAUGGUGGUGAUAUAUUCUCUCUGUCUUCUCGAGAUGAGUUUCCUGUAUCCAUACAUGGAAGCACAGAAUCAAUCAGGCCACUGUCCGGUCCUGUAAGAGUGAAUGUUAGUAGUUGGAGAUCAGCUGAAGGGGAAAGAGCCGGUUUAGAAGAAGAUUAUGUAACUGGCUCUGAUACAAAUGUUAGUGUUCAGUCUCAUGAUGAUAGUUUUGUUGAGACUAGAAGCAGCUUGAACGGGAGUGAUGCUGACACUGUUAAUGAAAAUAAUAGAAAUGUGGAGGAUGCUCUGGACUCGUUGGUUGAGACGAGAAGCAGCUUGAACGGGAGUUAUGUGGAUAUUGUGGAAGAUGCUGAGAUUGUUAAUGAAAACAAUAGGAAUGUGGAGACUCUGGAGAGUAAAUCUGAUGAUAAUCUUUCCCCAGAGGUGAAAAGAGUAAUGAAUGUUUCGAAUUCUGGGGUGGUUUCCAUCUCUGAGAUGAUGAGUUUAUUGCAUCAGAGCCGCACUACUCAUGUCUCACUGAAAAUGAAACGGCCUUCUGCAGUUGAUCAGGAGCUGUUGUAUGCAAGAACCCAAAUUGAGAACCCACCAAUGGUAAAGAAUGACCCUUUACUGCAUGGUCCUUUGUAUUGGAAUCUGUCCAUGUUCAAAAGGAGCUAUGAGCUAAUGGAGUCAAAGCUCAAAGUAUAUGUCUACAGGGAAGGCAAAAGACCUGUGUUUCACAAGCCAGUGCUGAAAGGGAUAUAUGCAUCUGAAGGAUGGUUUAUGAGACAGCUCAAAGCCAGCAAAACAUUCGUCACGAAAAACCCGCGUAAAGCUCACCUGUUCUACCUUCCUUUCAGCUCCAAAAUGUUGGAAGAAUCUCUCUAUGUCCCUGGUUCUCACAGCGACAAGAAUCUCGUUAAGUUUCUGAAGAACUACUUGGACUUGGUCUCCUCCAAAUAUCACUUCUGGAAUAAAACUGGAGGAUCAGAUCAUUUCCUGGUCGCUUGUCAUGACUGGGCUCCUUCCGAGACAAGGCAGUACAUGUCUAACUCCAUCAGAGCAUUAUGCAACUCUGAUGUCUCAGAAGGCUUUGUGUUUGGUAAAGAUGUAGCACUUCCCGAGACAACUAUUCUUGUUCCCAGGAGACCGCUUAGGGCUCUAGGAGGCAAACCCGCUUCUCAAAGGCACAUACUUGCCUUCUUUGCGGGUGGGAUGCACGGCUACCUUAGACCUCUCUUGUUACAAACCUGGGGAGGUAACAGAGAUCCGGACAUGAAGAUAUUUAGUGAGAUACCCAAAUCUAAAGGGAAAAAUAAGAGUUACAUGGAGUUCAUGAAGAGCAGCAAGUAUUGCAUUUGCCCAAAAGGGCAUGAAGUUAAUAGCCCUAGGGUCGUGGAGGCACUGUUCUAUGAGUGUGUCCCUGUUAUCAUAUCUGAUAACUUCGUGCCUCCUUUCUUUGAAGUCAUAAACUGGGAGUCUUUUGCAGUGUUUGUGUUGGAGAAAGAUAUACCUGACUUGAAGAACAUAUUAUUAUCGAUAAGUGAGGAAAGAUAUAGAGAGAUGCAGAUGAGAGUGAAGAUGGUGCAGAAGCAUUUCCUUUGGCAUUCUAAACCUGAGAGAUUUGAUAUAUUUCAUAUGAUACUUCAUUCUAUUUGGUACAACAGAGUUUUUCAAACUUGAAACCACAUAUAAUAUACUAGGUUUGAAAUA